GUUUCUAUGAAAUCCGUAACGUAAUACGAAAUACGAUUCUACGUUUACGUCAAAAUCUGGAUAUAUUAUUAUUGACCUUGUUCGCGGAACAUACAGACUGGUUUGUGUUGUGUUGAAAAAAAGUAGUUAUAUUAUUAGUUAUUUCUGUGAGAUCAGACAGGACAUCCCAGCGGGAACAAAACACAAGGUUGAACAUGGAUUGGAAGACGGUGCUCUGCACUUUUGCAUUAGUUUACUAUGCUGAUGGGUUCUCAAAGUAUGGAAGAACCUGCAAGGAUAUCGGAUGUCUCAACAGUGAGGUGUGCGUGCUUGCCGAGGACCCGUGUACCUUCGGUCACUCCACCAACUGCGGCACAUACCCGACUUGCAAGAAGAAGUCUCAAGUAGAAGGAUCGCACGUGGAACCAGCUAAGCCACCUGCACCUAAGCCACCUACAAGAGAUUUCGACAGUCCUCCAAACUACAACCCACCUGCCCCUCCCUCUAGUGAUACGUCCAGCGGUGGCCAUUCACCUUACGGAGGCAGUUCCCCCUAUGGAGGAAACUCACAUAGCGGUGGUAACUCACCCUACGGUGGCAAUUCGCCCUACGGUGGAAGCUCACCUUACGGAGGAAGCUCAUCUAAUGGCGGAAACUCUCCUUACGGCGGAAGCUCACCCUACGGCGGGAACUCACCCUAUGGUGGCAAUUCACCAUAUGGAGGCAGUUCUUCCUACGGCGGAGGAACCAAUAAUCGCGGAGGAUCACCUUAUGGCGGCAGUUCGCCCUAUGGAGGAAGCUCGCCUUACGGCGGCUCUUCUAGCGGUGGCAGCAACCCAUAUGGGGGUAACUCUCCCUAUGGGGGCUCGCACUCUAGCUCUGGCGGCUUCGGCAGCUUCGGCAGUGGUGGAAGCGGCAGCCCCAUCGACAGUAUUUUGAACACUUUGAACAAAUAUGCAAACAGCGGAGGCGGCAGCGCAGGAGGCAGUACCGGCGGCGGUCUGUCCAAUGUCUUUGGAAACCUUCUCGGUAAUUUAUCCAAGAACGGAGGCUUAAGCAACUUUUUCAACACUAGACCGAUCAUGGAAAAUCCAAAUUACUCCUCAUACAGUUCGAAUUCGAGGAGUUCUAACCCCCAAUCUUACCCAUCAGGAUCUCAGCCCGCGUAUCAGCCACCAACUCAGAACAAGAAUUACGGACAAAGUUAUGCGCACCAUAACGCAGCGACCACGCGCAAGCCCGUCCACUAUGGAUGGAACGUUAGUGUGACAGUGGUCUUGACGUACCUGAUACAGCAAUAUAUCCAGAGUAUGAUUCGUAAUUAAUUAUAUGUUUUGUUUAACUUUUAAGUUAUAAAAUUUUAAUAUUUUAAGCGGUUCAGUGUUGUUAAACAUAUAUUUUAAAUAAGCUUUUAAAUAAAAAUAUAUUCAUGUUGUUGAGUGCUACGGAUAUGCGUCAAUUAUAUAAAAGAAGACAUGUUAAAUAAAUCAAUCGUUAUAAGUCGCUUUGGCGUUCAACGGGUAAAGCAUUUGUGAUAAACAUUUAUCUAUGAAAGCAGUAAGAUUUAAACAAAAACAUUUAUUUUAAACACACUAGAAAUGUAUUUAAAACUUUUAUGUAUGUUUACAAUAAAACACAUUUUCCAAUGUUGUAUAUUUAUAUUGAAUAAAAAAUAUAACCUUUAUGUAUAAGUCCAAGUUCAUAAUAUUCGACACAAAUUCGUCUUCGAGUAUUCAAAAUGUAUUAGAAAUUAAACCUAUUAAAAUUAAAUCUAUGGAAUGUAUAGAGUAAUUAAAUUCAGUUGUAAACCUAAAACCCCCAUGAUUCCCAAUAAAUAUUACUUACAGUAUAAUUUUGAAAAAUAAUUUAACUAUGUAUUACUAAAAUUAAAUAAAAAUAGAUAUUAUUACUAUUAAGUUGGAAUGCACAAGAACCGUCCACAACAGGGAAUUGACUUAAGUAUAUUCUGGAAAGUUCCAUGGACACCUAUUCCAGAAAAUCUAUCUUCAAGAACUUCGUCGGACCGCAAAGCGAGCGACGACUAAAAUGUACUAACACUUACUAAGUUACCAUAAUAAGUAUAUUGGUAUAAUAAUUUCUACCAGGCACCAAGUGCUAUAAAAUAUUGUGAAAAUAUAUUCUAAUUUCCCACCAAUAAUCUCAAAUGAAUAUACUUUUAGAAAACGUAUGUUGUACGGUACAAUAUGAAAGUCGUUCACGACGUUGUUAAAAAAAAAAAUAGGAAUCGGACAUAUUUUGUUUAACAGUGCUUUCGCAAACAAAAAUGUGUAUCUGAGCUUGUUAUGCCGAAGUAAAAUAACCCGUGUUCAGAGGAACAGCGAGAUACUAAUUUUAGACAUAUAUUUGUCCGAUAAAAAUACUAUGAUACACACUGGUAUGAUUACAAAAACUGUGCCCUAGUAAAGACCUCUCUAUCUUGACAAUGUACAAAGUACAAAGUCAUCAUUAUUUUACAGCAAUUACGUGCAUUGCAUUAAUUAGGAAUUAAUCACGAUGCAAUAGUAAAUAGGUUAUUCGUAUUUUGCACCGUAAGUAUAAUUGGGUACUUUCAUAAAUCAAAAAUAAAAUAUUUCGACUGUUCAAUACAAUAAUAUAUUAAAAA